GAUUGGGGACACUUGGUCUCGCCGGGGCCAAGCAGCGGCGGGCGAUACACUUAGACGUCACUGCUCGUGCGCGAUCUGUACCCUCAUCUGCACGUCUGGAUGACUGGAGCGCACGGCGUUGUGACUCGAAACGCCAAGAGCUGGUGCCUGCCGUCCACGCCGCGGAUGUGUGCACACGCUGUGCUGGCCUCAACUUCAACUGCCUCCUGCUCACACGCGCCCGAUGCCUUGUGUGUGUUGUUGCACGUCACAUGUUGUGCUGGGGGCGGUGCAGGCGCUGAGGCAUUUCCAGGACGAUGGCGUGAAGGGGCGAAGGUGCUGACUUCCCACUCACUUUCCGCCCCCACGUCAAAGCCAUUGUCCAUUGUGGGCCCGCGCGGUGGCUCAUUCUGGCCGUCCCGCCUGCCGCCUGCCGCCCCCACCCAACGGCCCUUCAGCUGCAUGCGGGCAAUUGACGUACCCUCGUCGUCUUACUGCACUGCCCUUGGCCGACCUGCAGCUGCCCCGACAAUGCAUCACCGCCUGCCCUACAGGUCCCGGGCGCAGUCGUCAACUCUAAAUCUCCACAACUCUCGGGAUCUACAGCGGUGACUCGGCCGCUGGUGGGACGUCUACCCACCGAUGCAAUGGUAAUCAUGCCCCGCAGUCCCUGCUACUGCCGCAUCCCGACCAGGCCAUCUCGCCAGUUGUUGUGACUCCGAAGCCACACACCACCUCGGGCCCUUCAUAUCUCCGUGAAGCGCCAAGUCGGAGGAACGUUGGAUGUCAUGUGGGCAACGCCCGCCCGCGUUGCUGCAGUCGACGAUUGACUUACACGAGGUAC